CACAGCACUAGGAAGCACUGCAGGCCGCACUCGGGUUGAGCUCAUUUUAGUAUUUAUUGCAUUUUAAUUUGUUUUAUGUGAUGUCCCCUGCAUGUGAGCUAGAACUCGUCAAGUGUGAAAGAUGCGCAUCUGCAUGGUGUCGGACUUCUUCUAUCCGAGCAUCGGAGGGGUCGAGGAGCAUGUAUACAAUCUCUCACAAAUGCUGCUUAGCCUGGGUCACAAGAUCGUUGUGCUGACCCAUGCCUAUGGAGAUUGCAGUGGCAUCCGCUAUGUCACGCACGGUCUCAAGGUCUACUAUCUUCCCAUUAAAGUCUGCUACAAUCAGUGUAUCCUGCCAACUGCCGUCUGCAAUGUGCCCAUGUUGCGGGCCGUUCUCCUCCGGGAACGUGUGGAGGUCGUGCACGGCCACUCGGCCUUCAGUGCCUUAGCCCAUGAAGCUCUCAUGGUGGGCUCUCUGCUUGGUCUCAAAACUGUAUUUACGGAUCACAGCCUUUUUGGCUUUGCUGACCUAUCGGCAGCCCUUACCAACAAUCUGCUGGAAGUCAAUUUGAGCAUGGUGAAUCAUGCCAUCUGUGUGUCGCACAUUGGCAAAGAGAACACAGUGCUUCGGGCACGUGUGGCCAAACAUCGGGUUUCCGUGAUACCAAAUGCUGUAGACACCGCCCUGUUCACGCCAGAUGUCAGCCAACGACCCAGCAACGAGACAAUCAACAUUGUGGUGGCCUCUCGGCUGGUCUACCGCAAGGGCAUCGAUCUGCUCGCCGGUGUGAUUCCUCGCUUCAAGAACACACACAAUGUCAACUUCAUAAUAGUGGGUGAUGGACCAAAACGAGAUUUGCUGGAGGAGAUACGCGAAAAGACCAAUAUGCAGGAUCGAGUAGAAAUCUUGGGCGCUGUGGAGCACGUCAAAGUACGAGACGUGCUCGUCCGCGGCCAUAUCUUUUUGAAUACCUCGCUAACGGAGGCAUAUUGCAUGGCCAUAGUGGAGGCUGCCUCUUGCGGUCUCCAAGUGGUCUCCACCAGCGUUGGUGGCAUUCCCGAGGUGCUUCCAAAAAGCUUAAUACUGCUGGCAGAGCCGGAUAUCGAUGCCAUUCACUCUGCCAUUUUAGUAGCCAUAGAUAGACAUCAAAAGAGUAUAUCGAGUAUGAUGAGAACUCCUGCCCCUAAUGGACACAUUCCUUUUGAGACUGAUAGACGGGGAAAGCGAAGACAACGAAAACCAAAUCCCUCAACUCCUGAUUCGGUAAGUUUCUCCACUCCUGCGGAUGAGAGUAGCCAAAUAGAGCCUGUGCUCUGCCCGUACAAAUGCAACGAGCUGGUGGAGACUCUCUACAACUGGGAGGAUGUUGCUCUUCGGACAGUCAGGGUCUACGAUCGAGUGCUUCAGGAGCGAGCCUUCACCACCAGCGAGCUGGUGUACGCAGUGUAUCAGCAUGGUUCCUGGUUUCUGGUCUUUUUCGUAGUGGCCCAUUUUUUGGUCCGACUGCUAGACCUUUGGCGUCCCCGCAGUCGCGUGGAGGUAGCUCAAGAUGUGUCACGUCAGCCCAGCUAGCGAACCUUAAAUCAAUGCUCUAUUCUAGCCAAUUAUACAUGUAAAAUAUACAAACUAAA